GGGGCUGGAACUCUGUAGACAAACAUUAACUUUGGGAUAGACACUCUAUAUUUAUCUUCUACUCCUUCCAUUUUUACUGCAUCUACCAUUUGAUCAACAUGAAAUCAUCUCUGACUCUGCUGUGUCUGGUGGUAUGGGUGAAUGUGGAUGCUUCAUCAGCUCAGACUGAGUAUUGUGGUAAGCCUGAGGGUGAAGGGAUGAGAAUGCUGCCGAUUCCUGAUCGAGAACGUUAUGAAAAUGGGGACCAAGUGGAGUAUGGAUGUCUUGCAACUUGUAAGAACGGAGAGUGGGAUAAGACCAUCAAGGGCAAAGAUUACUGUAGUAAACCUGAGGGUGCAGACACCAGAAUGCUGGUGAUUCCUGACCGAGAGAGAUAUGAAAAUGGGGACAAAAUAGAUUAUGGAUGCCUUAGCGGCCCAAACACAGGCUCAAGAGGAAAAGCAACUUGCAAGAACGGAGAGUGGAGUAAGACAAUCGAGUGCCAAGGUAAGUCUGUAGGACUGUAUUUUAAAGUACAGAAAGUACCAGGUAUUUACAUGAACAUAUGGUAAUUAGACAAUUAUUAG